AGUUGUCCAAAGUCCAAACCAAAGGUUUUCCACUUUCCUCUACACAAAUGAUUCCUUAAGCAUCCCAAAAAAAUUCCAUUCUUUAAGGAGCCUUCAAAGUUGAAACCUUCCCAACUCAUUUGGGUACCUUGCUCUCACACAAGGAAUAGAAACCCCGAAAUAAAUACAACAUAAUCCAACGGUUCAACUAUACAAUUCACCAUAAUCCAACGGUGAAUAAACUCCGGUGUACACGCUGGCAUAAUUAGUCCUCCCCAAUUUGUUUUCAAGCCCGAGCCAAGCCCAGCCCGGGCCUUUCUUCAUCUUCUCUUUUCUCACCUAAAUUAAUUGUUUGAUAAAAAAAACCUACGAAUUCCAUCCAUUUAUCCUCUCUCGUAAAUUCUCUACAUUUUAAUUUUCGUAUUUUUUCAGAUUUGGCUUGAAUUCGAGGUUUAUUUGAACCAAAAUUCUUGGUUGUGCUGAAGUCUGAGUCUUUGCUUCUUGCCCAGUAUUGGAAUCAGAUUAAUUUGUUUCACAGAAAGUGCUAGUGAGCUCUUUUAUUAUGUCUGUAUUGAUUGAAGGUCUUCCAGAUGCUGUUGCCUUAAGGUGCCUCGCUCAUGUUCCAUUUUAUCUUCAUCCCAAGUUAGAGCUUGUAAGUCAUACUUGGAGAGCAGCCGUUCGGGGCCAUGAGCUUUAUAAGGCGAGGGAAGAGGUUGGUUCAUCGGAGGAAUUCCUGUGUGUUUGUGCUUUUGAGCCAGAUAACUUAUGGCAGCUGUACGAUCCCCUUGAUGACAUCUGGAUCACCCUUCCUGUGCUUCCUUCACAAAUUAGGCAUCUUGCUCACUUUGGCACUGUCUCCACAGCCGGGAAACUAUUUGUUCUUGGUGGUGGGAGCGAAGCGGUUGAUCCCUUGACUGGUGAUCAAGAUGGAAGCUUCGCGACCAAUGAGGUAUGGUCAUACGAUCCUGUAUUGAGAAAGUGGGCCCAGUGUGCGCCCAUGCCAGUUGCUCGUGCUAUGUUUGCAUGCUGUGUCUUAGACGGAAAGAUUAUUGUUGCUGGUGGUUUCACAAGCUGCAGGAAAUCAAUUGCUCAGGCUGAAAUGUAUGAUCCCAAUAAAGAUGUGUGGGUGUCAGUUCCCGACCUUCCUUACACUCAUAACUCAGCAUGCACGGGAGUAGUGAUUGGAGGCAAAAUGCAUGUGGUGCACAAGGGGUUUUCGAUGGUGCAAGUCCUUGAGAAGCCUUCUGAUGGUUGGUUGGUAGAAGACCAUAGUUGGCUUCAGGGUCCGAUGGCGGUAGUAAAAGGUUUUCUUUACAUAAUGAGCCAUGGCCUUAUUUACAAGCAGGAAAGCGGUAAAAGAAAGGUCGUCGUUUCAGCAUCAGAGGUUAAGAAAAGAAUAGGUUCCGCAAUGAUUGGAUUAGGGGAAGAGAUAUAUGUAGUCGGAGGCGUGAUUGGUCCUGAUCGAUGCAACCGGGAUAUCAAGCCAAUGUCUGAUGUUGACGUUUUGACAGUAGGGAGAGAGAGACCAAUCUGGCGUCGAGUCACUCCUAUGCCUUGGUGCCGUGGAACCAUACUGGGAUGUACACUAAUGAAUAUUUAGAGAUCUUUGUGCUUUUGUUAUAAGAAUGGUGCCCGUGUUUGAAGCUUGGCACUUUCAUGAUAAAUAGAAUGCUACAGAUGAGGUUCUUCUCCAUCCCUCUCGAAUAGUGUUUUGGAUUUCACGCAUCGUUUUGCUUGAUUGUGAUAUGCGGAAGUUUAUAGCAACCGAUCAACAUGGAAUGUAAAUUUCCCUUUUUAGAGGAAUUAGCCAAUUCUUUGAGCAAUCAAACAAUUACAAUUUCUUUCAUUCCCUUUGGAUGCUGAAAUUUGUUGGAAUGAAGUUUGUUUCUCGGUGCACGCUGCGGGACAAGAAAAUGUAAUAGAAAAGAAAUUUGCUACAUUUUUUCAUAUGUUUCAGAAAUUUCACUAUAUUUCUAUUUGCUUGUAAUAGAAAAGAAAAUGUAGAUUCACGACUCUAAAUAGAAUUGCAGCAAACUCGUUGAACAUUCAUAAAGGGAAUAUAUUCAACAAAUUGAAACAA